GUCCGUUUGGAAGAUUCAGUCCUCUCCACAGUCCUUCCAUCGCUCUUUUAAUACCCCAAUCCUUCCUUUUUCUUUCCCAUUUCCUGUCCCUCGCUCCAUCCCCUUUUCCUGUCCUCUCCUGUGCCAACCCUUGGAUCACGAACCAUGCAUUUCUCUACCCUCAUUUCUGUGGCUCUGGCCGCAGCUCCUGCGGCCGUUUCAGCUGCGGGAACCCUCGGUUUUGCGUUAGGGACUAAGAACCCCGACGGCUCGUGCAAAAGUCAAUCGGAGUACGAAUCCGACAUGGACGCCAUCGUCGCCGCAUCCGGCAGCACCCUCGUCCGCGGGUACGCCGCUAGCGACUGCAACGCCGCUCAGAACAUCCUUCCCGCUGCGAAGGAGAAGGGAUUCAAGGUCGUCCUCGGCAUAUGGCCGGACGUCGAGGAGUCGUUCACCAAAGACACCGAGGCCGUCAAGGAGUACGGAACCAAGUACGAGGACCAGGUCUACGCCAUCACGGUGGGCUCGGAGACUCUGUACCGUGGCAACUUCACCGGCGCGGAACUUCUCGAGAAGAUCCAGACCGUCAAGAAGAUCAUGCCGAACACCAAGGUCGGCACCGCCGACUCCUGGAACAAGUACGCCGAUGGCACCGCCGACGACGUGAUCCGAGGCAAACCCGACAUUCUCCUCAUCAACGCGUUUGGCUACUGGCAAGGCCAACCCAUCGAUAACGCCACCCACACCUACUUCGACGACAUGAUGCAAGCCAUCACGCACAUCCAAUCUGUCGCCGGCGACACCGACUCCAUCGAGAUCUGGAACGGCGAGACCGGCUGGCCCACCGACGGCGGCAGCGACUACGGCGCCGCGUCCGCCGGCACCGACAACGCGGCCACCUACUACAGCGAGGGCGUGUGCGGCAUGCUGGCGUGGGGCGUCAACGUGUUCUACUUCGAGGCGUUCGACGAGCCGUGGAAGCCGCAUACUGUUGGCGACAGCGGGAACGCGGCCGACGAGACGAAGUGGGGGGCGAUGGGCGCGGAUCGGAAGACCAAGUUCGAUUUGAAGUGUUAAGUUUAGCAUACUGCAUUUCCUAGAGUGAGGGGCGAGGAUGUGGUGAGUGUCGGACGUGAUGGUAUACAUUGGCCGAUUGCUGGAAGCCGGAUUGGCUCCCACGGUUUUGCAUAGACGGAUAUCAAAGAUUUAGGCGUACACUAUCAGGGC